AUGACGUCACUGAGUGACAGUUUUCUCCAGGACACUCUCCAGACUCCUACAGGCCCCGCCCCCUGUGUGAGCUCCGCCUCUGCCUCAGAGGAGCCGGACAAAUCCUCCAUAAAGUCACGAAGCGUCCGAGUCGUGUUCAAACUGCGGCCCCACCCGGAGACACACAGAUCGUCUGCCGCGCGGAGAGGAGCCACUCGGAGGCUCGCUCCGUUAACCACUGGUCAACCGCUCACACCACACGGGAAAAAACCUUGGAGUGAGACCUCGCACUGCGCCACCUCCUCUCAGAGCGAGCCGGAUACCCUGAUCCCAGCAGGAUUCCCGGUGCUCCCGGUGCUCCCAGCAGGAUUCCCGGUGGUCCCGGUGGUCCCGGUGCCCCUGGAGAGGGACCCGCAGACUCUGGUCCUCCUCGGACAGAAGAUGAGUAGCUGUCUCCUGCGCCUCCUCCUCGUGGCCUGCGUGCUCCCCCCCCCCAGCUGCUCCGCCGCGUCCCGGGAGACCUGCUCGUCCUGCGGCCUGGCUCAGCCCGGGGACCCGGACCCGGGGUCGGACCCGGACCCGGGCUCGGACCCGGAGCCGGGCCGGGUGCAUGUGGACUUCCUGGAGGCGGUGAAGAGGCACAUCCUGUCCCGGCUGCAGAUGCGGGACCGGCCCAACAUCACGCACCCGCUGCCCCGCGCCGCCAUGGUGACGGCCCUGCGCAAGCUGCACGCCGGGAGGCUGCGGGCGGACGGCCGGGUGGAGAUCCCGGACCUGGACGGACACGCCAUGAGCAACGAGCUGCUGGAGGACAACUCCGAGAUCAUCAGCUUCGCAGAGAAAGACGACCUGGUGACCUCCAAGUCCAGCCUGUUCUUCCUGAUCUCCAGCGAGGGGAACCAGAACCUGUUUGUGACGCAGGCCACGCUCUGGCUCUACUUCAAGCUGCUGCCGGCGCCGGGGGAGGUGCGUGGGCGGCGGAAGGUGACGGUGAAGGUGUACUACCAGGAGCCGGGCCUCAGCAGCAAGUGGAACCUGGUGGAGAAGCGGGUGGAGCUGAAGCGCAGCGGCUGGCACACCUUCGUGCUGACCGACGCCGUGCGGCUGGUGUUCGAGAAGGGCGACCGCCGGCAGAACCUGGACGUGCGCUGCGAGGGCUGCGAGGCGGAGGGCGUGACCCCCCUCCUGAUCAACCGCAACGACGAGUCCCACCGGCCCUUCCUGGUGGUGCAGGCGCGGCAAGCCGACAACAAGCACCGGAUCCGCAAGAGAGGGCUGGAGUGCGACGGCAGCAGCAACCUGUGCUGCCGCCAGCAGUUCUACAUCGACUUCCGGCUCAUCGGCUGGAACGACUGGAUCAUUGCGCCGUCGGGCUACUUUGGGAACUACUGCGAGGGGAACUGUCCCGCCUACAUGGCCGGCGUCCCCAACUCGGCGUCGUCCUUCCACACGGCGGUGGUGAACCAGUACCGCAUGAGGGGCAUGAGCCCGGGCUCCAUGAACUCCUGCUGCAUCCCCACCAAGCUCAGCACCAUGUCCAUGCUCUACUUCGACGACGAGUACAACAUCGUGAAGCGGGACGUUCCCAACAUGAUCGUGGAGGAGUGCGGCUGCGCCUGA